AGGACAACGUGUGAACCUCGCACGUCAUCAGCGUGCGCCGGCUGUGUUGCUCGCGCCAUUCCUACAAGCGUGUGUUUCCAUCUCCCGUUACAUUACCACUGGCAGAGCUUUAGCAGCAACUGCUACAGCACACGCAUUCUGUUUCCCCACCGUCAAUCUUAAGGUAAAUCCAGCCAUGGAUAUGGAUGGUGCCAGUUCAGUGGUGCUGCAGGCCUUAACCCAAGCUACCAGUCAGGACACAGCUGUUCUGAAGCCAGCGGAGGAGCAGCUCCGGCAGUGGGAGACGCAGCCAGGCUUCUACUCUGUCCUUCUGAAUAUCUUCAAUAACCACAUGCUGGAUGUGAACGUCAGGUGGCUCGCUGUGCUGUACUUCAAAAAUGGCAUUGACAGAUACUGGAGGAGAGUAGCGCCUCAUGCUUUAUCAGAAGAGGAGAAGACCUCAUUGCGUGCUGGUCUCAUCACAAACUUCAAUGAGCCUGUCAAUCAGAUAGCGACCCAGAUUGCAGUACUGAUAGCCAAGGUGGCCCGUCUGGACUGCCCCAGGCAAUGGCCAGAGCUCAUCCCCAUUCUGCUCGAGUCUGUGAAGGGUCAGGACGGCCUGCAGCAGCACAGGGCGCUGCUAACCUUCUAUCAUGUCACCAAAACCCUAGCUUCCAAACGUCUCGCUCAGGACAGGCGGCUCUUCCAGGAUCUGGCGGCUGGCAUCUACAGCUUUGCGUGCUCCCUCUGGAGCCAUCACACCGACUGCUUCCUACAGCAGAUCUGCGCCAGAGACGAGGCCGCGGCACUCAGCUCGCUGGAGAGGACGCUGCUCUCUCUUAAAGUGCUUCGCAAGUUGACAGUCUUCGGAUUUCAAGAGCCACAACAGAAUAUGGAAGUGAUGGGUUUCCUGAAUGCAGUGUUUGAGAGGCUAAAACAGUUCUUGGAAUGCUCUCGACAGGUUGGUCCAGACAGCACAUGCAGAGAAAAGCUGGAGAAGAUGAUCAUACUGUACACUAAAAGUUUGUUAGAUUUCCUGGAGUACCAUCCAUGUGCAUUCAUACCCCUAAUCCAGCGUUCCCUGGAAUUUGCCGUCAGCUACCUGUUCACACCUGCAGGGGAAGGAGUGACCUUCGAACGCUUCAUUGUUCAGUGCAUGAACCUCAUCAAGAUAAUUGUAAAGAAUGAUGCCUACAAACCUUCCAAGAACAUUGAAGACAGUAAACCAGAGAGUCUGGAAGCUCACAAGAUCAAGACAGCAUUCUUCACACACCCCACGCUGACAGAGAUUGGACGCCGGCUCGUCUCACACUACUUCCUUCUCACAGAGGAAGAGCUGGCAAUGUGGGAAGAGGACCCCGAGAGCUUUGCUGUUGAAGAAACAGGUGGUGACUCUUGGAAAUACAGUCUACGGCCCUGUGCAGAAGUAUUGUUCCUGGAUAUCUUCCACAACUACAACCAGACACUGAUACCGGUGCUACUGGAAAUGGUUCAGAAUCUCCAGGGACCAACCAAUGUGGAAGACUCGGUUCAGUUGCUAAUGAAGGAUGCAGUAUACAAUGCAGUGGGACUGGCAGCUUAUGAGCUGUUUGACAACGUCGACUUCGACCAGUGGUUCAAGAAUCAGCUUCUAGGAGAGCUUCAAGUCAGCCAUCACAGAUACAAGUUGAUUCGCAGACGAGUCAUCUGGCUAAUAGGACAGUGGAUCUCUGUCAAGUUCAAAUCCGACCUUCGACCUUUACUCUACGAGGUCAUCCUGAGCCUCAUGCAGGAUCCCGACUUGGUGGUGCGGAUUGAGACGGCUACAACCCUGAAGCUCACUGUUGAUGACUUUGAGUUCCGGACCGAGCAAUUCCUCCCAUAUCUGGAGUCUAUUUUUGGGCUGCUCUUCCAGUUGUUGCAGCAGGUGACGGAGUGCGACACCAAAAUGCAGGUGCUCCAUGUCAUCUCCUGUGUCAUUGAGAGAGUGAACAUCCAGAUCCGACCAUACGUAGGCUGUCUGGUGCAGUACCUGCCACUGCUUUGGAAGCAAUCCGAAGAGCACAACAUGCUUCGAUGUGCCAUUCUCACUACGCUCAUCCACCUGGUACAGGGCCUGGGGGCAGAGUGUAAGAACCUGUACCCGUUCCUCCUUCCUGUCAUCCAGCUGAGCACCGAUGUUUCCCAGCCGCCACAUGUGUAUUUGCUGGAGGAUGGACUGGAGCUUUGGUUGGUGACUUUGGAGAACAGCCCAGCAAUCACCCCGGAGCUGCUCAGAAUUUUCCAGAACAUGUCAGCUUUGCUGGAGUUGAGCUCCGAGAACCUGCGCACCUGCUUUCAGAUCGUUAAUGCCUAUUUAUAUUUGUCCGCCACAGACUUCCUGCAGAACUAUGCAGAAUCUUUGUGUCGAGCUUUCUGCAAUCUGCUGAAAGACAUCACGAAUGAGGGACAGGUUCAAGUGCUCAAGGUGGUAGAGAUAGCUUUAAAGGUUAGCCCCAUACUGGGAGCCCACAUGUUCCAGCCCCUGCUGCCAGCUGUCUUCAGAGGCAUUGUGGACGGCGAGAGGUAUCCCGUGGUGAUGUCGACCUACCUAGGAAUCAUCGGCCGCGUCCUGCUCCAGAAUUCCAGUUUCUUCUCUUCUCUGCUCACUCAAAUGGCCUCCGAGAGCACCCAGAAGAUGGACCAGUUGUUGGGCAGUGUUAUAGAAAUGUGGGUCGACCGCAUGGACAACAUCACUCAGCCAGAGAGGAGGAAGCUGUCGUCGCUGGCUCUGCUUUCCCUCCUCCCAUCUGACAACAGUGUGAUCCAGGACAAGUUCUGUGGCAUCAUCAACAUCUCCGUUGAGGCCCUGCAUGAUGUAAUGACAGAAGAUACUGAAACAGGCACCUUCAAAGACUGCAUGCUGAUGAGCCAUUUUGAGGAGCCCAAGCUGAGUGAUGAUGAGGAGCCACCAACUGAGCAGGACAAGAGGAAGAAACUGCUGGCCCUGGAGGACCCGGUGCACAGCGUGUCCCUCCAGCAGUUUGUGUAUGAGAAGCUGAAGGCGCAGCAGGCCAUGAUGGGGGACCAGAGCUUCGGGGUCCUGAUGGAGACCGUGGACACAGAGCUUGUCAGGCAGCUCCAGGAGUUCCUCCAAGGCCUCUGAAUCACAUCUAUAAAUCCUUCUCUACCUUACACAAACAUCUUUGCCCAAUACAACCCCCACCCACCCUCUCAAUUUUUUUAAAAAUGUACCGGAAAGGCUAAUAAUCUUUCCGGCGCAUGGACUCUUAAUCCAACCCUUCCCGACCUCUACCCAGGCUUUGCCUUAUCUAUAUUCAGACCUAGCCUUGUCCAAUGUCCUCAGCUUACAUCCUGAAUCCCUUUCUCCACUAUCUGGAUUCCUUUACAUCCGUCUUUAUCAAGGUGGGGGUCCAUGUGCGUACUGAAAAAUGUCAAAGUACCUUUACCCACACUAAAACAUGACCACACCAGAGCUUCCACUCAAUUGUUCUGUAGUUUCUUCUCUUUCUGUGGUUUUAAGUUAGAAUUGGUAGAAUAUACGAUGGAUGGUACAAAAGUUUGGGGGUUUGAUGAGUCAGAGAAGAAGAAAUAUAAUCACCUGCAGAUGCCAGAGCAGGAUCCUCGGACUAUUUUCAACGGAGAAAGGUACAGAUUGUAGCAGAAAUGAGGAUAAACCAUACCUAAAGGACCUAAAGCAGUGUUUACAGAAUCUAUUCUUAAAAAGAGGAGAAAAAAAAGAUAUGUAAUUUUGUAUGUAUGUAAAGUAUGGAUGAUAUUUUACCUUUUAGUUUGUUUUUACUUUUUGUUAAAUUCUCUUCCAUUUGGAAAAAAAAAAGAAAGAUAAUUUUGUCAUAACCAGAGGUCAAGUUGAAGUAACUACUGAGAGAACUUUUUCUUUCGUUUUUAGGUGGCUUAGAGGGAAUUUUGUUUUCGACUGUAAAAUGGGUGAUUUUUAAUUUUUUGUGCUGAACCACAUUCAUAUGUAUAUACAUACUGCUGCUAACUGAUGGUGUGUCAGAGCACUUUAAUAACCAAAAACUGUUUCACCUGUUUUCAUCUUUUUUUUCCUCAGUGGCACAUCUUCUCUCACCAUUGUUUCUUUAACACCAGGCUAGAAGGCCUUGGAGCACCACAACAGGAUUGUUCAAAUUAGUCCCUGAUCUUGAACCAUUGCCAUAUUUCAUGACUCAGUGCUAACUUGUACAAAAUACUGACCGACUGCAAACGUAACAUGCCAUUUGGUUGGGUCUUUAAAAAUUCAAUUAGAAAUUAUCUCAUGAGUUAUGACCUCAGUGGCUUUUAAAGAAGUCCUAUUGUGAGCCACUGUGACUUUAUGAGUUGACAUACAUUGUGUCGCGUGUAGCUGUGCGGCUGCUCUUCCGUUUUUUCCUUCUGAUUUGACCAAUCAUUGAUGAGAUUUUAGUGGUAGAGAGGAGGCUUUGCUAUAUUUGAUUUUACAGAAGAACUAGUUUUUCCAAUAGGUUGUAGUGGCAUGUGGAUUUGUUUCACGCAAAUCUGAAGUUGGGUUAAAAAAAAAAAAAAGGAUCUAUAGUUAUAAUUUGAAACUCUUAAAGAGAGAAAAAUGUGAUUUAAUUGGAGUCCCCCUGCCUUCAUAAUCUAUUCAUCUGAAAUUCCUAGAUUGCUAUUAUUUUAUUUGCUUUCAUCAGGUUGGUCCACCUCCCUGGGAGGGAGAUAAUCCUGACACUAGCUCCUUUCACACACUGAUAGAGUUGAGUAGCAGUCAGAGUUACGGCCUUACGCUUUCAGCCUUACCUAUCCAUGAAACUCAUGAAGAGCUUUCUUACGAUUACGUUAAUAUCUUGACUAGUUAAACAGCAGAUUAUUUCUUAGCUCGUUUUCUGUUAAAGACUGCAAUUAUGAAGUUUAGAGCAUAACGCGAAGUACAGUAGAGAGAUGAUUCUGGGCUAUCAAGUUGGUUAUGCUUUGAUGAGAAAUGAUCUUUGUUGCUUUUUCCAAAGCAUUUAAUAAAAUGCAGUUAUCAGCGUAAAUGGUAUACUGUGUAUUUCUGUUACUUUAAUGAUGCAUGCAACUGAAAACACCUAAUCCUUCAUGCUGUUUCAAAGUGUAUAUUAUCCGCUGUACUCGUCUUUGGAGUGUGUUUAUUUCAAGCAAAUGUAAUGGCACUAACAUAAUAACUGUCUUGAAGACAGACUAUUACCCUCAUUACUGCACCACUGAGAACUCAACUUUGAUCGCAGAGUAAAGAGGAAGGAGGAGCGCAAUACCAGGGCACACAUACACUGUCGCAAAAUGCCAACAUCAGGAUUGCUAACGUGCACAUAAUGACUAUAUUAACACUGGCAGGUGUAAAGUACAGCCGAGACUGAUGGGAUUGAUGUUACUUUUAGACUUAUUUGGUCAUAAACAUAAUCACAAAGACAAUAUGUUGACCUCAUGAUGCUCCUAAAAUGAAAAGUUAACAUAAGUGAUUACAGCUCAUCCUUUGGGGAACAUAAAUGUUUGUACCAAAUGUCAUGACAGUUCCCAUUGAAUCAAAACUGUCAAACUCGUUGUGGCACUCGAGGAAAAGUCGAGGGAUCACCAAAGUAAUCGAGAGCAUGAAUGUUGGUACAAAACUACAUGGCAAUCCAUUCAAUAGGUAUUGAGCUUUUUCAGUCUGUAUCAAAGUUAUGGAACCAACAACCAACAUUGUCAUCCCUAAAGCCACGGCCCUAGUGUGUGUAAAAAAUGAUACUGAAAAUAAAUCCAUGUGAAAGUGCUAGGCAAGGUUUUACAUCUGUCUUA